GGGUAACGGACGGCACCACUGCCAGGCCGCCGGGGGGGGGACGGCCCUACCCCACCUCCCUGCGCAGCCCGUGGGCUCUCCCGGCCUGCUGGCGCCGCCCGUUGCCCUUGGUGUGGCCGCUGCGCGGAGACUGGCGGCGGCGGCGGCGAGGAGCGCAGUCAUGGUGAAUUUUGCCCAAGCUGUGCGUGAUCACUGGGUUCACAUCCUGGUUCCCUUAGGAUUUGUGAUUGGAUGCUAUUUGGACAGAAAGAACGAUGAAAAACUGACUGCCUUCAGAAACAAGAGCUUAUUAUAUAGAAGAGAACUGAAGCCUGGUGAAGAAGUUACAUGGAGAUAAAAGGCUGCUGAUGAAAUGGAAAACAUUUUUGUCUGAUUCAUCAUCAUGUCUCACACAUCGAAAGAAUAGGAUUAUGGUUCUUUAUCUUGAGAGAAUAUGUAAAGCUACAGAAAGGGACACCCGCAACUCAUCCAUGCCAGUUUAAUUUCCAAUCUUGCUUUUUUGGAAUAUGUUUAAUUACAUGACUAAUAUGUGUCCAGGAAUUCCUUUAGUCCACGGGUGUUGAGAGCUUUGUUCCCUGAAGUCAUUCUCUGGAAAGGGGGGGGAGGAAGAAUUAUGUAAUAAAGAAAAACUAUGCAAAAAUCA